AUGGGUCAAGAUGCAUUAGAUGUAUUCUUCAGCGACCAUUCGGGCAACGAUUUCAACACCCUCUUCGCCUCCCUCCCACCGGAGAGGCACUACCACGCAGCUGGGGUGCCGGGCUCCUUCCACGGCCGCCUAUUCCCUUGCAGUUCCAUCAGCGUGGCGCACUCCUCCUUCGCUGUCCAGUGGCUCUCCAAGCAGCCUCAGGGGGCGCCUAACGAGGGCAGGAUCCACUGCUCGGAUGCGCCUGAGGCCGUGCUCAAGGCCUACUCUGAUCAGUAUGAAAAGGAUUUAGGAGAUUUUGUGAGUGCGAGAGGAGAGGAGGUUGUGAGCGGAGGACUCAUGAUUCUGGUAUUCGCGGCUGCUCCUGACGGAAUCCCCCAUUCGGAGAUUCUCACGAGUGUCCUCUAUAGUUAUCUUGGACAUUGUCUAAUGGAGCUGGCUAAUGAGGGAGUGGUUGAGAAGAAGAAGAUAGAUGAGUUGAACUUGCCUCUCUACGAUCCGAGAGAGGGGGAGGUGAGGAGGGUGAUAGAGAGGAACGGGUGCUUUAGCGUUGUGAAGAUGGAGUUGCUGUAUCCGUUUGAGACUAGAGAGAUUGAGGUGGGUAGCUUGAUUGUGCCGUUGAGGGCUGCACUAGAAGGUGUUUUCAUCGCUUGCUUUGGGAAUUCAGUGGUGGACAAAGUUUUCAGCAAAAUGUUUACCAAAACUGAUGAAAUUGCUAAGAGGUUGGAGAGUGUGCAUGAUCAUGCUCAGCUCUUUCUUGUGUUGAAGCGCAAAUGAUUCAUUGGGAUUGCUUCUAUUUUCAAGUUUAAUUUCCUCAUGAGUAAGGAGUAAUAAUGUGGCAUCAUUUUGUAUUUGUCAAUCGGAGUUUCACUGUAUUUGGUAACUUAAUAAAUCGAAUUUGUCA